GAAGCACAAUAUCAUUCCAUUCAUUCACUUCUGAAAAGACGAACUGCACCUAAGGCGGUAUUCAUUUCCCACAUCAAAUGCACAACAGACAGCACAGUGUUACCUCUCAGUUGUGUAUGUUAAGUAAAGAAUGUGGAAGGGUAGCAAUUUUGGGUGUGAGAAGCCAACCAGGCAUUUUCCAAGCAUGAAUUACAGCUUGAAGGAUGGCAAUAAAUUCAUCACCAGGCUUCAGCCACUCUUCAUCUAAGAUUCCUGCAAGAUCUGCAAACACUCAGUUGCUGCAUAAUAAGGGCUGCAUGGUGGUGCAGCAGGUAGCCUCACAGCUCCAGGAUCCCCAGUUUGAGCCUGAGUUCAGGUUGUUGCCUGUGUGGAGUUUCACAUGUUCUCCAUAUGGGUUUCCUCAGGGGUCUAUUUUUUCCCGCACCUCCCAAAAACAUGCCAGAAGAUGGAUUUGCAAGUCUAUUUUGCCCCUAGAUACGAGUGUGUUCAUGUCUAAACUGGAGAAGGCCAUUGUUGCUACAGUGGAGGUGUUUAAGGAGUAUGCUGGAAAAGAUGAUGACAAAAAGAGGCUGAGUAAUACGGAGCUCAGUGCUCUGAUAAAGGAUCAACUGAGCAGUCCAGAACUCAAGAGUAAAAUUGACCCAGAUGAUAUCAGCGAAGCCUUGGGGAGAAUAGACAGAAACAAUGAUGGCGAGGUGUCCUUCAAAGAGUUUAGUCAGUGUGUGGCCCAACUUUCUCUGGGCUACUUCAGGAAGAACUAUGGCAAGGACAAGCAGAAAGGCGAAGGCAAACCUCAUCAAUGAAAUCCAUCAUGCACAUUCACUCCAUCAUUGAUGGAUAAAAAGAAAAUAAUAAUUGAUUGGUGCAAGCUUUGUGAUGUCUGUCUUCUUGAUAAUGAUAGCAUUGUACUUCAUUGUCAUAGUUACUCCUAACUUAGCACAGACACGUACACUACAUACUGUAUGUCACAUUGGAUAUGAAUAAUAAAAAUACUAAGCAUUUA